CAUUUGAUUACUUAUUUCAAAAGUAAAAUAUUCCCACAUAAGAGGCACUGACAAAUUAUCUACCAGUGAUGUGUAUAUUUUGCGAAAAGAUUUGUACAAUAUAACCGAACUGCCAUCGACACCCGAGGCUUUGGCAUCUUGCAACUUGCUCAUACGGGUUCAGUUACAUGCAGUUUUAUCUUGCGUUUAUGCAGCUUGCAAGUCGACUGGAGGUUGCUUUCAACACCAACAAUGUUACCUCAGUUUUUCUAUUGAUUAUUGGGGAGAAAUCAUCAUUGUCUCUGAUCGACCAACUGGAUGAAAUUGCAUGCAGGGAUUUGCAUGAAAAUGAAUUUAAAAAUGUUACACUGAUAUUACGGGCUCUUGAACAAGUGAUGUACAAAGACGAAGACUGCAUCACGCAGCUGGUCUCUGGGGGGCUAAUGAUCAAGAUGCUAAAUUGGUUUGAGAUGGUUUGUGAGCAUCUAAAGGUGCAUGAGAAACUAAAUAAAGCUCCAAUGCGGAUCGUGGAAAUGUUCUUUGAAGUGUCAAUGAGACUUUGCCAGAGCAGCAGUGAAGGCAGCACUAAGAUUUUGGAAAUUUUUAUACUGAGGUUUGGUGCUGUUGUGAUUGACCAAAAUGUACAUUUCAGUCUUCGACUAGAGGCCAUUAAGACAAUAAAUUCAAUGCUGGACAGUGCUUCAAAAGAGACUCGCAAAAAAAUAUGUCAGUCUGAUCAUAGUUCUCUGUUAGAGGAGUUUGCUAAUGCAAUAAUUGAUGUUGGUGAUUAUGAAAUGCAGGUGGCCAUUUCUGAGGCACUCUGUCGGAUGACGCCCAAGAAACAAAGGGAGGAACUGGCUAGCAAGUGGUUCAGCUACAGAAACUUUGCUUCAACUUUCAUAACAAUAAGGGUUAAAGAGUUUGAAACAGAUUGUAGGAUAUUUCUGAAUGAACUCAACAGUUAUUUUGGAAGCUCAAGAAGAGUGUUUUCAUAUCCAUGCCUAAGGGCAUUUCUAGACACCACUGAGUUGUUUAAACCUGAGGAUGAACUUUUGCAGAAGUUCUGGAUAGACUUUAACAUUGGGACAUCUUGCAUUGGCUUCUAUGUAAAUGACGCUCAAGAAACCCUAUGGGAACUUAUUAAUUUGCCUAUAGAAGCUGUAAGUUCAUACAACCUACAAGAAUGUGGUGAACAGAAGAUUUUGAGUGUUCACAUGUCUCUUCCUGUGUCUCAUGGGAAGAUCACUGGAAAAAUGGUGCAGAUUACUUUUGACUGUAGGCAUGACAUUCAAACUGCUUUGAAAAAAGUCUAUGCUGGGGGAGCUGAAUUACAGCCAAUGGAUACCACAAAGCAUUCGGCAUUUAGUCAGGAAGAUUCAGGAAUUCAAACCACUUCGUCUGAAAUUAAAAAUACAUUCACCAGUACUCCUGUGACAGAGACUACAGGAAGAGCUCAAGUGGCACAAGCUAAAGACAUUGUCUUCAGUCAGUCUGUCUCUUCAAAUGGGUCUGUCAGUUCUGUUAAGUCGUUUCCAUCUGCAAAAUCUACACAAAAGAGGAGAAUUAGGAUGUUUCACUCAGAAAGUGACAGCUGUGUGUCACCAGGUGAGAGACCUUUGCUUCAGUGUGACUACACCAGGAAAAAGAUGCGGCUGAAAAGUAAACUCAAAGUUCUCCCCCUUUCCUCACCAAGUAGUAACGAGGAGAUGUACUUUAAGGAAUCAACCCAUAAACACAGAGUCAGAGAGAGGUGUCAAGGAAUGGAUGGGAAGCAGAAUCUGGAUCUUUCCCACCAAACCAAAGAGUCUGUUCUGGAUUCAAGUGAGGAGCAGCUUUCUAUCCCUACACUCAAACCCAGAAAACUAUUCAUCUCCCCCUCGCUGGAGAGUGCAAAUGAAGCAAUAACCCAAGCAUUGAUGGAAGAUGAUGAAUCUGAGGCAGAGCUGAGUUCUGGAGUCAUGGCAGCCUUUGAUUCCUUUAAAGCUCAGCUAAAAGAACAUUUCUCUUCUAGGUAUAAGAAGACUGAAACAAAGUCACUGAAAUCUUUGACUGACUGCCAGAAAACUGUAUCCUCUUUGCUAAAAACUGUGCAUGAGCAAAGGCUUAUUCACUUGGAAUGCUUCCAAAAUGCUGUAGUACAGCAGCUGGGUCAAUUGGAGCAGAACUGUCUUUCCCUAAAGAACAUUGAAAGAGAAACUGUGGGUUUUUGGAAGUCAGUGUCUCAUACUGUGACCAUGUUCUGUGAUAAACAGCAAAAGAGGUUGGAUUCUCUAGAGGUUAUAAGAGAGGAUGUCCAUGCCAACCAAAGCCAAGCAAAGGAAAGCGAUGCAAUGGUUAACAUGUCCACUGCAGUUCCAGUUGCAGCGACCCAAGACAGCCCUAGAGAAUGAGAAAUUCCACAGAACCACAGAUUCCAGCUAGAAAACUACACAUGAAUAUUACAACUUUGAUCAUUGCAUAAUUUAUAUUUUUCUGAAUUGCAUUAUUUGUAUUCAAAUGUAUUGUUUCAAUCAAUUUGGUACACAAAACAGUUUGUUUGAAUGUUAUAUAAUGUGUGAAAAAAGCUGAUGAAAACAAGCAUGUUCCACUAAGUGACAUUUACCUUGCCUUGUGAUGGGGUAAACAUUUUUCAAACUAUAUCUUGCAUCUCUUUAAUUAAAAAAAUAAUAAAUUAAGAACAUUACACACUGAAUGUGUGGCAAUUAAAAAUAAAUAAAAAAUGUUGAAUUCAAAAAUCAACUUUAUUAUUAUUAUGAAUAAUAAUAAAUAUUUUCCGUUUUAUAUUAAUGAAUUAUCUCUGAUUAGAUUGCACUUCUGUCUUAAUAAAUACAUAUUAGACAUACAUACAUGUACAUAAUACAUAUCUCAUGACCAGUAAUGCCUCCACUCAACAAAAAGUAGUAGUUUUGUACUAAUAUAUAUAUAUAUAUAUAUAUAUAUAUAUAUAUAUAUAUAUAUAUAUAUAUAUAUAUAUACACACAUAUAUAAAUAAAA